AUGGACAUCCCCAGCCCAGACCCGUUGCCUUCAUCUUUGCCAGAGGAGGACAAUAAAUCUCUGGCCUUAGACCCUCCUCUUCCCGGGGGCCACUGUUCUGGGGUGGCUGCCUCCUCGAAGCCCAAGCGCAAGGCCUCCCUUCCUCGCAAAAGGAGUCAAGUCCCUGGAUCAGGACAAGAGCCCCUGCUGCCCCAGGGGGUGUCCUCCUCGGUGGACCCUGGAGAGGACAGCGGGCUUCUGCUGAUCGAUGACCAGGGCGUGCCUUACACGGUGUCCGAAGGGUCCACAGCGGGCACACCGGAGGGCAGCAGCCCCAAGAAGGCCCCCCACUUCUGCCCCGUAUGUCUGCGGGCCUUCCCCUACCUCUCCGACCUGGAGCGCCACAGAAUCUCCCACUCGGAACUGAAGCCCCAUGAGUGCAAAGACUGCGGGAAGGCUUUCAAGCGCUCCAGUCACCUGCGUCGCCACUGUAACAUCCAUGCCGGCCUCCGCCCCUUCCGCUGCCCGCUGUGCCCGCGCCGCUUCCGCGAAGCAGGAGAGCUGGCCCACCACCACCGCGUCCACUCUGGGGAGCGCCCCUACCAGUGCCCCAUCUGCCGGCUGCGCUUCACCGAGGCCAACACCCUGCGGCGCCACGCCAAGCGCAAACACCCAGACGCCCUGGAGGAAUUCCUGUGUCCCCCAGACCCGGACCCAGACCCUGACCCGGAGCCAGAGCUACCAUGGGAUGACCAGGGCAUUCCAGCCACUGGCGAGGCGGCAGAGGAGGCAUCAGAGGAGAAAGAGCCGGCCUGA